AUGAGCGGCCAGGACGAGAAGAACGUUUACGCCCGCCCGGAUGCCGCCCACCUGGCGCCGGCCCGCGUCGAACACCAUGACAUCCUCCCCAGCGAUGAAGAGGUCGGUGUUGUGCGCCCCAACAAGCCCGGCCCGGGCGACGACGGCAGCAUUGCCAACGGCACGCUCCACCGCCAGCUCAAGGGCCGCCACAUGCAGAUGAUUGCCAUUGGCGGUGCCAUUGGUGCUGGUCUGUUUGUUGGUUCCGGCGGCGCGCUGCACGCGGGCGGACCCGCGUCGCUCGUCAUUUGCUACCUGAUUGUCGGCGUCAUGCUACUGUUCACCUGCCAGGCGCUUGCCGAGCUGGCCGUGCUGUACCCGGUCAACGGCGCCUUUUACAGCUACGUGGUCCGCUUCGUCGAUCCGGCCUGGGGGUUUGCCACGGGCUGGGACUAUGCCCUGACCUGGCUGACCGUCCUGCCCUUUGAGCUGACGGCCGCCUCGAUCACGAUCCGCUUCUGGCGCGAAGACUUGAACGAGGGCAUCUGGAUCGCCGUCUUCCUGGUGGUCCUGAUGAGCAUCCAGGUCUUUGGCGUCAAGGGCUACGGCGAGGUCGAGUUCGUGCUGAGCAUGGUCAAGAUCUGCGCCUGCGUCGGUUUCAUCAUCCUCGGCAUCGUCAUCAACGUUGGCGGCGUUGGCAGCCAGGGCUACCUGGGUGCCAAGUUCUGGUACGACCCGGGCGCCUUCCAAAACGGCUUCAACGGCUUCGCGAGCGUUUUUGUCGUGGCCGCCUUCUCCUUUGGCGGCACCGAGCUCGUCGGCCUGGCGGCGGCCGAGACCAAGAACCCGCUCAAGUCGAUUCCCACUGCCACCAAGCAGGUGUUUAUGCGCAUUGCCUGCUUCUACAUUGUCAACCUCUUCAUGCUGGGCCUCAUCCUGCCCGCCACCGAUAGCCGCCUGCUGGGUGCCGAGGGCGCAAACAGCAAGGCCUCGCCCUUUGUCCUCGCCAUCCAGGACGCCGGCAUCAAGGUCCUGCCGUCCAUCUUCAACGCCGUCAUUACCAUCUCCGUCAUCAGCGUCGCCAACUCGUGCACGUUCGGCUCGACGCGCACCAUGCAGGCCAUGGCCGAGCACGGCAUGGCCCCCAAGUUCCUCGCCCACGUCGACAGCAAGGGCCGUCCAAUCUGGUGCAUCGUCGUCCAGUUUGCGUUCGGCCUGCUGGCCUUUAUCGGCGAGUCGGGCCAUGCCACCACCGUCUUCAACUGGCUCCUCUCGCUCUCCGGUCUCUCCUUCCUCUUUGUCUGGGGCUCCAUCUGCCUGACGCACAUCCGCUUCCGCUACGUCUGGCAGGCCAAGGGCCGCACGCUCGACCAGAUCCCCUACAAGCCCAACUUUGGUGUCUAUGGCAGCUGCGUCGGCCUGUUUUUGAACAUCGUUUGUCUUAUCGCCACCUUUUACAGCGCUCUGUAUCCGUCGCCGGGCGCCACGCCGUCGGCCUCGGUCUUCUUCCAAAAGUACCUGUGUAUGCCCAUUGUCUUGCUCCUGUACGUCGGCUGGAAGAUCUAUGCUCGCGACUGGCGCUUCUACGUCCCGACCGAGGACAUUGACGUGCUUGAUGGCCUGUGUGACUUCGUGCCGCCGCCGCUCGAGGAGGACCGCGCGCCCAAAAAGUGGUCGAACCUGCCGAGGCGGGUGUUUAAUCAACUGUUCUGA